AUGCUGACAGGGAGCUGCGGAGACUCCCAGGAGCAGCCGCAGGUGACCUGGGACUCAGGACCCAGGAGCUUGGGGCUUGAGGGACCAGGGACAGCGGGGCCACUGCCGGUGACCCUGCCGCCCACACCCAAUGGCAGCUGGCUGGGCCAGAACUUCGGAGGGCAGUGGCCAGAGAGCCCAGAGAAGUCCCCGUGUGUGGCUGGCACCGCAGCGGUCAUCUACUAUAGCGUCCUGCUGGGCCUGGGGCUGCCUGUCAACCUGCUGACCACAGUGGCCCUGGCCCGCCUCGUUGCCAGAACCAAGAAGCCCUCCUACUACUACCUCCUGGCACUCACGGCCGCGGACAUCGUGACACAGGUGGUCAUCGUCUUCAUGGGCUUCCUCCUGCAGGGGGCCGUGCUGGCCCGCCAGGUGCCGCGGGCCGUGGUGCGCACCGCUAACAUCCUGGAGUUCGCCGCCAACCACGCCUCCGUCUGGGUCGCUGUCCUGCUCACACUUGACCGCUACAAUGCCCUGUGCCACCCCCUGCACCAUCGUGCCAACUCGACCCCAGGCCGGACCCGUCGGGCCAUCGCCACUGUCUUCAGCGCCGCCCUGCUGACGGGGAUCCCCUUCUACUGGUGGCUGGACGUGUGGUGGGACACAGAACCCCGCAGCACCCUGGACGAGGUCCUCAAGUGGGCUCACUGCCUCACAGUCUACUUCAUCCCCUGUGGUGUGUUCCUGGUCACCAACUCUGCCAUCAUCUGCCAGCUGCGGAGGAGGGGCCGGAGUGGGCUUCAGUCCCGGGUGGGCAAGAGCACGGCCAUCCUCCUGGGCAUCACCUCGCUCUUCACCCUCCUCUGGGCUCCCCGCAUCAUCGUCAUGCUCUAUCACCUGUACGUGGCCCCCGUCUACCGGGAUUGGAGGGUGCACCUGGCCCUGGACGUGGCCAACAUGGUGGCCAUGCUCAACACAGCCGUCAACUUCGGCCUCUACUGCUUUGUCAGCAAGACUUUCCGGGCCACUGUGCAGCAGGUCAUCCGUGAUGCCUACCUGCUCUGCACCCUGGGGUCGCGGCCAGAAGGGGUGGGGGUGGGGCCUGUGCUGAAGCUUCCCGAACCCCCCAAGGGGGCAGAACUGUAG